AUGGACCCCGGGGAAUCCAAUCAUGAGGGACGCGAGGUGACAAGCGCGCUGAUCCGACGCGCAUGUGAUCAAUGCCGCCUGAGAAAGAUCCGAUGCGAUAAGCGCACGCCAUGUUCCAACUGUCGCAGCUCUAGCAUUGCAUGCCGAUCUACGGGCGAAGGCCAGAAGCCGUCAGAGCCUCGGCGGCGAGUUUUAAUCUCAAAUCAAUAUGAGAAAAAGAUCGAUUUGAUCGAGGAACGCCUGGCAAGCAUUGAAAGUACUCUUCAACAGCUAGCGAAAAAUACAUCUCAACUACAAGGCUUCACAGCGCCAAACCCGCGCGAGUCUCAUUUCGCCCCUUCGCCUCAGAAGUCAACCCCUUCGCAGCCGUCACUUACUACACGGAACCCUGCAAAGCCCAAGGGCCCUUUAUAUCUAGCGAACCCUACUCUCGAGCAGCACGAUUCCAGCUCUGGCUUUGAGGGCAGCUCAUCCUUGACUGCCCAUGGGGCCUACGCGAGCGCGUUCCUGGAAUCUGCUGUGUCCAAAAGCUCGCCGCAGGUCUUGUCUAGUCCGAAGAUCAAUGCGGCUCUCUCGUCGCUGAAGCAGCUUGUCGGGAUCCAGAACCAACGACGAGAAGCGGACUUGCAGGGGAGCCAACCCACCAAGAAUGCGAGAUUAGGUGUGAGAUGCGACAUUCGUGAUCUAGAGAUGCCACCUCUACCAGUGGUUCUCGACAUCUUGAGAAAGAUUCAAGAAUCAACACCGGCCUGCUUUGGUGGCUAUGUCCCCUUCCUGAGUGUGAAAUAUUUCACCGAAAAAUGCCGUGAAGUUUACUUCUGCAUAGAGGAUUACUCCGAAGCGGCAUUUGUUAUAACCAAUUUUUGUCUCUAUGGCGUUUUCUACGAAUAUGGUGGUAUGGAAAAGGAAGGCUCUGUGCGGGAAGAGCAUCAGAACUACAUUGAGAUGUGUCGCGACAACCUGGAGGCGGCGCUUGCCAAUUUGAAUAUCCUGAUGCCUGCAACCCAUGAAUCGAUUAUGGCGUUAGCUGCUAUGCAUGCACUCGAGAUUUCCAAACCAUCGGUUGGCUGGACACUAGCAUCAACAGCCAUGAAUCUAUGCCAGACACUCGGAUAUCAUCGCUUUAUCUCAAUGGAGCACGACCCCUUACCAGUCCAACGCCAAAAACAAGUUCUAUUCUGGUCUAUCUACACAAUUUUGAAUAUGAUGUCCCUGCGUCUAGGACGUGCCUCGCCCGUCCAAACCUACGAUAUCAGCCUACCAAUACCCGAUGAGAACGUAGAUGUCCCUCACCCAUGGGGUCCGGUCUGCAUGUGGUGGACUAGAUUGGCGAUUAUCCAAAGCGAGGUUUACCAAUAUUUGUAUAGCCCAGAGGCACUGCAGAAGCCGGAAAGUGAACGAGUCACACAUGCACACAGAUUAGCUGCUGAGAUGAAGUCGAAGGUUAUGGAGCCGUUUGAGAAAUUCAUGUCGUCCGAUCUCAAAGUAUCCGAGAUCGACCUCAUGUACCUCGCAACUGACAAGGUCAGUCGUCUAGCCAUCAUGACCUUGAUCUACCGAGCAAUUCCAGCAUCAACAGACUCGGACACUGUCGCCGCCUUCAUACCUGAAUGUAUCGAGACAGCCCGGGAAGCCCUGGAAGUUCACCGACAAUGCGUUGCAGCGCUUAAUGAGACAGACGAUUUCAUGAAAAUAUCCUACAUGCACUGCGUCAUCUUUGAUGAAAUGGCCAUACAAGCUCAGACGAACAAAUUCUCACAAAAGAAAUAUAGGGGCAUCCUCCUAUCCCCCUUCGUUCCCUUCAUCGUAAUAUUCUGCAACAUAAUAACAACCUCCAACGCCGACGACCUCUCCCUACUCGAAGAGUUCAUCGCCUCCCUCCAACCUCUAUGCGCCUUCUCCCAAUCCAUCGACCGACUGCACACCCUGUGCUCAGUGUUUGGUACCGUUGCCCGUCUUUACUUCGAAGCCAACACCCGGACGCAGACAGCCGCAGACCAAGACCAAAAUCUCGCUGAGGUCGGUCAGGAAUUCGAUGUUUAUCUCAGUGCCCUCGGAUUGGCGCCUCCAACCCAUAUGAAUCCUCCGAACAGCGGUACUUACCCGAUGGGAAACUCGCAGGGAUAUUUCCAGGCAGAUAAUCCUGCUAUGCAUGUUAGUCCGGCGGAAUUGUCACAGCAUCAUGUGGGUGGGUUCUCGGCGCCGGCCGAUUCAUCCCAAGUGCAGGGACAGGGCUCGGGGACUGCUGCGCAAUUGGGGAAUUGGUUUUGGGGAAAUCAGUACAUGAUGGGGCUUUUGGAGGAGGAUUUAUCGCAGGUUAAUUCGGGAUGGUCGUGA